CAACCUCGUUUUUGUCUUUCAAUUUUUGCGGAAAAGCUUGUUUCAAGCAUUUUUCGGCGUUUUGUGGAAAACGCGUAAAACCAAUUAAAUUGUGAUAUAUUUAUCCUUUUAAAUUCAUAUUAAGUGUAAUAAUAGUGCAAAGUAAGUCCAAUUGUUUGAUUAGAAUUAAAAUCGUUAGUUUUAAUUCGUUUGACAGAUCGAUUCGCGUUACAAAGUUUCAGGUUAUAAAGCAUUAAUUAUAUUUUUAUACUAUUUUUGGUUCAUAUUGAUUUGAAAUGGAAAGCAUGGAUGUCGCACAAGAAGGGACAUCAGCUGCAACGACGCCAGUGGUUGAAAAUGGGCCUGACAAAAACGUCACAGCCGAGGAGAUGACGUCCAGGGACUAUUAUUUCGACUCGUACGCCCACUUCGGCAUCCACGAGGAAAUGCUAAAAGACGAAGUCCGCACCCUCACGUAUAGGAAUGCUAUGUACCACAAUAAGCAUCUUUUCAAGGGCAAAACGGUUCUAGACAUAGGCUGUGGCACGGGUAUUCUUUCCAUGUUUGCGGCCAAGGCUGGGGCUGCCAAAGUGAUUGCCAUUGAGUGCUCCAACAUAGUUGAUUACGCAAGAAAGAUUGUUGAGGCUAACCGGCUUGACGAUGUUAUUGAAAUUAUCAAAGGAAAGGUGGAAGAAGUGGAGUUGCCUGUUGAGGGUGUGGAUAUCAUCAUCUCGGAGUGGAUGGGCUACUGCCUGUUCUACGAAAGCAUGCUGGACACCGUUCUCUACGCGCGGGAUAAGUGGCUGAAGCCUGAUGGCAUGCUUUUCCCUGACAGAUGUACGUUGUUCAUAUGCGGCAUUGAAGACCGCCAGUACAAGGAUGAGAAGAUCAAUUGGUGGGAUGAUGUGUAUGGUUUCGACAUGUCGUCUAUUAGGAAAGUUGCCAUCUCCGAGCCUCUUGUGGACGUUGUGGAUGCUAAACAAGUAGUAACAAAUUCGUGUUUAUUAAAAGAGAUAGACCUGUAUACUGUUAAGAAGGAAGAUCUUAACUUCGAAUCGAAGUUCCAUUUGCAGGUGCGGCGCAACGACUUCAUCCAAGCGCUGGUGACGUUCUUCAACGUGGAGUUCACGAAGUCGCACAAGCGGCUCGGCUUCAGCACCGCGCCCGAGGCUCCCUACACGCAUUGGAAGCAGACCGUGUUCUACUUCGACGAGUACAUGACGGUCAAGAAGGGCGAAGAGAUCAUGGGAACGUUCUCGAUGCGCCAGAACGCUCGCAACAACCGCGACCUGGACUUCGAAGUCGAGAUCGACUUCAAGGGCGAACUGUGUCAAGUCCAGGAGAAGAACCACUACAGGAUGCGCUGAGGCACGCCCUGGCCACCGCAGGAUUAAUCGUGAACGCUGUAUUCUGAUUUUACCUGUAAGUUACUGCAAUGUGAAUUGAGUAAAAUUUUUGUUUCCCGUAGCUUUACACUCGGACCAAGGUUAUGUAAAGCCCGGUCCGUGAGCACGUAGAAUUUUGUCCAAUGACCCCUAGCUACCCAUCCUUAUCGCUCGCGCGAAAUUAUGUUGCUAUCGCGCUCGCACACUCACUGCGGGUGCCAGUCGCACAGUCGCGACAGCAAUAUAAUUACGCGCGAUCGAUAAGGAUGGGUAGCUAGGGGUCAUUGGACAAAAUUCUACGUGCUCGGAGACCAGACUAUAGUAGGUUUUUUUGGGCAACUAAAUAAUCAUAUUGAUUACCUAAGUAAUUUUUACAUUUCUUUAAGACUAUUUGAACAAGUUGAAAUUUUUUGAGGGUAAAAAUUAUGUCAUUUUAAAACGCCUAUAAACUUAAUAUUACAAACUAUUUUUGUAGUAGGUAAAUGAAUUAAACUGCUUAUGCACAGCUUCAGAAAUUGUGUAAACACAUUCAACUCUAAAAACAGAAUACAGCAUUCGCGACCCAUACGAUCUGCAAAUUAAUGUUAACUUGAAUGUAAUCCAAUGCUGUGUCAACUCGAAAUUUUUUGUUUCUUCAUUAUUCAUUAUUGUGAUACUCCCUGGCGGAGAUUGUAACGUUUUGGUGGUCUUCGGUGUUGUAAUUUUGUCUAUGUCGAAGCUUUAUGGUGAUAAAACAUUGUGUGGUGUAUAAAUUUCAAAAACUUUUGGCCUAUCUUUAAGCGGUAAUAAUAAGGUUUGUUUUUGAUUAAACCAAACACAGUGAAACGCCGCCAUAAAAUUAAUAACAAAAACUUCGUUCUUGGGUUGACACGGUGUUGUCUAAUUGAAUACAAUUUUAAUUUUACAUUAAAUACCCAAAGGAUGGGCGAGAUCGUCUUCGUGAUAUUGCAACCAAUUUAUUCGAUGUCAAUAUAAGUAAUUUUGAAUGUCAAAUCAUUUCGUAGGUGCCUUCAGGAUUCAAAACAAAAAUAUACCACAUCUGAUAAGAGUGGUUGAUCAGUUUCGUAAAACCUCAUAUCAUUUUGUUUGCAUGUGUAGUUGCUGUUACAAAUGAGAAUGAAUGUUACAGUUUUUGCAAAUUAAUGCAAUAUGUUACUUAUUUCAUUUUUUGUUUUAAGUAGUAUCAGAAUGUAAUUCUCAUUUUUGAGUCGUUUAAAAACUAACUUCGAAUUGAAGGCUGGCUUCUCGUUAACGAAUUUGUAACGUCACUGUAUCAUUACGGUCGCUGUGUUAAUUUUAAUUAAUUAUUAAGUGUUCGAACUCACUUUUCAAACGUGCGAUUUCUAAAAAUAGCUAGAUUUACUGUAGCAAAGAACUCCGUUUGUGAGAUUAGUUAAGCAGUUAAGACAAGUGGCAGAUAGCAUAGAAAUAAUGUUAGUAAAUGAAUUAUACCUUAUACUUAUACAGUGUUCAAAGGAUAUUGUAACGAAAAGUGACUUCGAACUGCAUCUUAUGUAUGAGUAAGAUUCUCAUGUUUGUAUUAAACCGCCUAAGGAUUCUCCCCGGCGAUUACAAGUAUGUACGACCCGGGAAACGCUAGUUUUCAGACUAAAACUUAUUCUACGGUCACUUGUAAUUAAAACUAGUCGAGUCGUCAACUAUUGACUUGACUCUAAAUAUUUUUCUAGUUUCACUGAAUGUAGGUACACAGAUGUUGGUUUUGUUAUUAGUGGCAAAAUAAUGAUUGUGUUGAUUUUUUGUAAAGAAAAUUGAAUUCCAAUAGUAGAUUUUAUAUAAAAUUUGUAAUCGUCACAUUAUAUUUUUCAAAUAAAAUUUAAUUAAACGGGAAACUAAAUAACAAAACUAGCAUAUUAGUGUACCUAUGAACCCUUCCCAGUAUUGUUUGUGUCAAAGUGCAAAGUAAAAUAUACUCUGUCUGAGGAUUAGGUCAAUCUUUGUAGACACCAAUGCCAAUGACAAGCUAGUUGAGCCAUUGUGGCGGAUCCAGUUUUCUAUAAUGUAGCGAAUGAUGAUUGUAUGUAAGUAUGGUUAAGUAUUCGAGGUGCAUAAACGAGUUAAGCAGA